CUCACAUCAGCGCCGUAUGUGAUUAAAACUCGCAGUCGGUCAUGUUUUAUCGUUAAAUGAACGCAUUUAGAUAAUAGUUCAAGUACUGGAACUAAUUUAACAUACACUGAAUUGAAUUUACAUUCAUUGCUUUACGGUACAAGAAACGUACAUUUUAUUGGAGUAGGCUCUGUUUGAGCAUUUGCUGUUUAUUGGGUUGCAUACAAUUGGCUCGCUUUCAUCGCUUUCAAUGUGCGGUUGUUAAGGUUAUAACAAUCACAAUCGCAUAAGAGAAAAUAAAUUUAAAAAGAUGCUUUCCAAUAAACUGAUAUUUACAAAACACGUUAAAUCAUGUGUGAAAGCUACGUAUCAAUGCCUGUCAACAGUCACACAACCACUACCCACAGAAAAAUCAGUUGAAGAAACCAAGGAAACCAACAUCCUGAAGCAUCCAGACUACUUCCAAGUGCAUAACUUAUUCACAGUCAAAGAUUUAUUUGAUGCAAGAGUUCACUAUGGUCAUAAAGUUGGGUCUCUAGAUGAGAGAAUGUUGCCAUUCAUCUAUGGCUCUAGAAUGGGUCAUACCAUCUUUGAUUUGGAUAAAACUGCUCAAUAUCUAAGACAUGCUUUAAAUAUUACUGCACAUAUUGCUUAUAGAGAAGGUAUUAUCCUGUUUCUGCACAGAGGUGCUCAGAAUAUGCACUUGGUUGAGAGAACAGCCAAAGAAUGUGGGGAGUAUGCACAUACAAGAUUUUGGAGAGGUGGUAUUUUUACUAAUGCAGAUAAGCAAUUUGGUGCUGUUACCAGGCUACCAGAUCUUUGCAUUUUCUUGAACACAUUAAAUAAUGUCUUGCUACAGCAUACUGCUAUAAGGGAUGCUGCCAAAAUGGCUAUUGCAACAGUUGGUGUGGUAGACUCUAAUUGCAAUCCUAAUUUGAUUACUUAUCCUGUGCCUGGCAAUGAUGAUUCACCAGCUGCUAUUGAAUUGUAUUGCAAAUUAUUUAAGGCAGCAAUUUUAAGAGGCAAAAGAGAAGAAAAAGAGCAUUUGAAUCAGAAUUAGUUUGAUAUAGUCAUUAUAGCUGAAUAAAUUUAAUUAUAAACUA